UUGUUAAAUAUUUAUUAAGAGAUACGAUAAUAGCAGUUGUCAUUACAAAUUGAUGGGGAUACCAACCAAUAAUUUUCGAAGAAGUUUAAUUACUUUUUCUUAUGCUUUUUUAUCAAUUCAACCAUAUAUACAUACUUACUACGUAUGUACCGUAUAACCUGUGAUUGUAGUAUAUGUAAGUUUACACUGACUGGUUUGUGCAGCCGGUGAAGUUGGGUGAAGCCGGGACAAACAAUAUAUACACAUUUUUUACGUAAUUAGGAGAUUUGCUGCAUUGCUUUUUAAUUUGAGAACAUAACAAGUACUCAAAAUGAGUAAAGCACAUCCUCCUGAACUCAAAAAAUACAUGGAUAAGAGAUUAUCACUAAAAUUAAAUGGUGGACGACACGUUGUCGGUAUUUUACGCGGAUUUGAUCCAUUCAUGAAUAUGGUGAUCGAUGAAAGUAUAGAAGAAUGCAAAGAUGGCACAAAAAACAAUAUUGGCAUGGUGGUAAUACGUGGUAAUAGCGUCAUAAUGUUAGAGGCUCUAGAUAGAAUAUGAGAACAACAAACGCGGAAAUUAUGUAAAAAUAUAAUUUGUAUUCUUAGGAGAUUAAGUAAAGAAUCUUUUUUAUGACUUAUCAAGUUAACGCUUUUAAUCCUUCUCCAAAUAAGAAUAUGUUUCAAACAACGCAAUUUGUGUCUAAAAAUAAAACGUCACUUUAAAUAAA